ACAAAUUCAUUGCCACUGUCAAUAGAAAUUUGGUGGAUUCCAAUAUGUUCCUGAGGAGUCUGAUUUUAUCUCUGGAACACUUCACCACAAUACAGCCCGAGUUUGCAGAUUAUGUAACAAAAGAAUGCCAUUUGCUCAAGUACCUGGAUGAGUUUGGGAGGCAAGUCGACUACCUCCACCGCCUGGUCAAUAUCAUCAAUGUACAAACUCUGACACAGGAAAAUGUGAGUUGCCUGAACACAACGUUAGUAUUCCUCAUGUUUGCCAACCGCCGCGGAGAACUUCCAAAAUAUUUGUCUGCUCUGAGAGAGGAGAAGUACUGUCGUCCCCACGAAAAGAAGGGCGGCGAUGUCCUCAUGAAGAAUUUCAGAGACCUGUUAUUGUUCUGGCAGGAGCACUAUCUCCACAAAGAUAAGGACUGCAGUGCACUGGAGAAGAGUUCUAGAAUCAGCUUCGACUACUGGAAGAAAACUGUGACAUUAUUGGUGGACGAUGACCGUAAUCAGCACACUUCUGUCCUCCAUUAUAUCCCUCCAGACAAAUGCAGGGACAACUGAAUAAGGUCAGGGUCAGGUCAAGGUUAUGUUGAAGGUCAGGUCAAAGGUCAGUGGCCAACAUGUAUAGUGCAAGUGUAAAUCUGGAUGUAUUCCCUCUGAUGGGGCAGAUGUACAGAAUUAUGCCCCAGUCAUGCAUGAACAAUAUUAAUUCAUUAUUGUCAUACAGUGGAAUUUUAUCGUGGAAACGCAGACAUUUUUUAUUGUCGCUGGACUGUCGCGUCUGGUCAGAUUUAUCUGUUGCGCUGUGAGUAGCUGCUACAAAUGACUGGCUUGAGAUUUUUCAUUGGUUAACACUGUUUGCCUUUAGAAAUAGCCAUAUCAUUAAGUCAGAUUUCAGUGUGAAUUCAUGAUUAUUGUUGGAAUUCAGAGCAAUAAGUAUUGAGCCUUAGGUAAUUAUAACAUACCAAGUGAGUGAUGUUUUCAGCUGUUUGUGAUGUAUGUUGAAAAGAUUUGCAUCUUGGAAAUUUGCAAUGAGGAGUAGGAUGGCUGUUUUCAUUGUGUGUGUAAGUGCUGACAGUUUUAGUGUAUCAUGAUAAAAAAAUUACAUUUUCAUCCUGGGAGAGAGAAUUUUGAUGGAAGUCCAUGAGAAAUUUAGCCAUGUAUGUUGCGGGUCUUAUUUUUGUCCUCUUGUUCAAAUUAGACAUCUUGUGAUAAAAAGUCAUUGUCUUAAUUAUCCAGAUGCAUUCAACAUAUCAGCCAAUUGUAUAAUAUAUGCUGCAAUAUUGUACUCUGCACAGUUGAAAGGUCUUCUUUUCAUAGGUGUCUGCUAAAACAUGUCAGAAAUUGAAGUAUUGUAAUUGGCAGCUAGGUGAAACAAAAUUUCAAAAAUGCUUAGUUUUCAUAUCUGUGGUGUAGACCAGAGGCAAGUUUGACUUAAAAAGAACUUCUUCAAAAAUUGGUGUAGGUUUUAGACCAUAAAACUGGUCCUCUUCUGCUGAAUCCAUAAUAGUUAUUACUUAAAAUAUUGGUCUGAAACUUGCUAUACAGCAGGUACAAUAUUCCAUCAAGUUGGUCUGUUAUGGAAAUUUAUUUCUUGGGUCACAGGAAACAGAAAUUUUGCUCUGGACUAAAAGUUAAUACCAAUUUUUGUUUUAAGUUUUCGUGUGAAACACACCUUGGGUGGGAAGUCCAGUCAGUAUGUAAGUGUGAAUUUGUGUACACUGUAAAUGGUCUGUAACAUCCACUGUAGAACUAGAUGCAUUUGGUCAAUAGGGCAGUUCAUGGUCAGAUUAUAAAUCUGACUGUGUUGUCCUCUAGUUUUGUCCUGUGGACUUUAUGAUUUAUAUUGAAAGUAAUUUUUUGGGUUGAUGUCAAAAUUGCAUGCUGUGACAUUUAUUUACGUUCAUAAAAUCCUAUUAAAGCAGGAAUUGAGAUAUGCAUUUAUAUAGUAUGUCAUCAAGUGAUAUGGUAAACCAGUUGGCUAUAAAGAAUUGGGCAAAUGUCAGUUAAACUAGGGGAUCCUGCCUAUGAAGGGUAGAAUACCUGCUGGAAAUAUGAAAAUUUGUACAUUAGGUUAUUUCUUUUCAAUUGAUCUGAGAUGUGCAGUACAAAAAAGUCUUGGCCAGUGGUAUUUUAAUAUCAUUUAUUUAACAAUGCCUCCAUAUAUGUGAUGCUCUGAAUAUUUCAAUCAUUUAAAUUGUAUUGCACGGGCAUUGAGUAAUUUUUUCUAGUUAUUUUCCUUUUACAGUCUAGCAGACAUGAGUGGAAAAUAAAGAUUUUAAUUCAGAAAUUUUUAUCCAGGCAUAAACAGCAUGAUAAGUCUAUGAGAUAGAGAAAGAAUCAUUUUAAAGUUAUUUUAAGGCCAUGUAAACUUCUGUAUAUGUAAUAAAGGUGGAUUUUUUCAUUUGGUUGUA